GUGUAUAAUUCUAAUAAAAAUAAUACAAUAUGCAAACCAGAAAUGUUGCCUUGGCAACGGUGUAUGAUUUACACAAACAUUGCAUCUAUGUAAUACAAAUAGUAUAACAUUAUGGUAUUAUUUAACUACCUGUAUAUUAUAAAAAUGUGAUAAAAUAAUAAUAAAAAUAAUUAAAUAGGUAUUACAUACUCCUAUUAUGUGUAAUUAUAUGUUUAAUCGGUGAACAAAUAAGUGAAAACUUAAUACAUUUGACAAUGUUAUGAUACCUAUACAUAAUCAAUAUAGUUCUAAAAUAUAAGAUAAAAUAAUGUGUGAGUCAUGACAGGAACUGCUGAUAAUUGGGAUGUACUAGACGAUUUGUUAGCAAAUGAAGACGGCGAUAGAAGGAAGGAUCUUGACAAACCGAGCAGCGACGCUCAGUUAAAGCCUACGGUGGCCAACACUGGAAGGUCCGAAGACUGGCUGGGUUUACGGACACCAAGUACUGACAUGGUUUACGAGCCGUCUCUUGGAGGAUCUAGUAAGUCGAGACGCAAUAAUCUAAGUAGACAGACCACUCACCGGACAUCUCGAUCGGCGGGCCUGUUGUUCGACGAUGAUGACGAAGACGACUACAAUGGCGGCGGCUUUGCUAGAGACAUCAUCGGUGGCGACAACGAUAAAACAAUUACUAGCAACAAAAAGGACGGCAGACCGCUGGACUUGGAAUUGUUUCAGGAAAGCAAAAUAUCGGUCACCGAACCUGUUUUGAUCCGGUUGCCGACACCCGAGACGAGACCAAGACGUCGGGAGACGUCGCCAACCAUAGCGGUUACGAACGAUAUGGCGCAAAAGUCGUCAGCAAACAAGACAGAUAAAAUGCCCCCUUGGUUAAGCGGAUUAAUACAAAAAGACGAGUCUCCUCAGCCGGCCUCACCGCCACGCGUGACGCAAGAAGUCAAGCAGAAUAUUUCGGAAGUUAUUGAAAACAACAAAAUUAACGUGAACCCAACACCAACAAUUGUCUCGCUCCUCGAGGGAAAAGAUAAUCUCCAAACAUCUAUUUUAGAAUUUAUCCAGGAACUAGCCAAGAAAAAACAGGACAUUCAACAAGCUACUAUUACUUUAAUACAAGACCAACAAAAUAGCGAUCUCCUCAUAAAAGCGUUGUUGAUGGACAAUUCGGCGAUGAUAAGUAGCGAUAGUAAACAGUUAGAAUGCUUGCAAUCUGAGAAUAAAUCGUUGCAACUAACAAUCGACCAUUUAACCAAAAUAAAGGAGUUGGAAUUGGAUACGAUAAAAACCAAAUACGAAUUAGAACUAGAAGUACUGCGGGAUAAACUCAAUCGAUAUGAAUCGCGUAUCCGUGAGUUGGAUGAAGAACGAAAAAAAGACUCUAUAGAGCAAAAACAAAAUGAAAUGCUUUUGAAACAAUCGUUCGAAGACAGAUUAAGAACAAUUCACGAAAGUCAUCUAAUCGACCUCAAACAAUCCGCCGAAGUGCAAAAGAUCAAGAUGAGUCAUCUGGAAGAAGUGGAAUCCAGUCUAAGAGAUACAAAAUCAAAGCGCUCAAUGAACAGUGAUGAGAUGUCGGCCAGAGAAAUGUCGAUAAUUACACAAGAGAGAAAACUCAAAGACUUGCAGGAAGAAGUGGACAAACAGUUGGCAGUGCUGGACGGCGAAAAGGCGUCCCUCCAGGUGAAAAUGGACGAGUUUCAAUCGAGAUACGCCAGAGAACGUAGCGAGUUGGAAGUUGCCAGUAAAGAGCUGAAAAGAUCUAUGGCUGCAUUCGAAAGCAGUCGUAAAUCGUGGGAACGUGAAAAAAAGUCUGAUACCCAAUACAUCGAAAGCCGCAAACAAGAGUUAGAAGCAGUUCGUUCGUCGGUAAUGGAAGAACAGCGCAAACUAGCCGAAGAACGGUUCGAAGUGGCCUCCGAACGUUGUCGUCUGGAAACCAUGUUGAAAAUGGAUACUGGUAACGGAAGCGAUCUAAUACGGGCGAAAGCAGAACUUAAGGAGAGCUUUAAUAAUUUGAGAGAAAAAGAAAAGGAUUUGGAAAAAUUGUCUGAAAGCUUAAAAGAACACGAAAAGCAUUUAGUCGAAGAGAAACACAAGUUGGCAAAGCAAGACGACGAUAUAAAAAUAAAAUUAAUUCGUGCUGAAAAACUUCUGAAAUUAGCUAUGGCAAAACAGGAAGAAGGGUUUAAAGCUUUGGAAAGUGCUAAAAACAUUCAAAGCAGGUUUGACAAAAAAGGCAAGGAUAUAGAAAAUCGCUUGUUCGACGUGAUAAGACGAGAAGAAAACGUCCUUAAGGAUGAGAAAAUAUUGGCUAAUAAAAGAGAUGAUUUCGACAAGCAACGUAAAAGACUUGACCUAAUAUUACCUCAUUUGUCAGCCGAUGAGAUGUACUUGUCCGGCCCCAAGAUCAACAAAUGCACAGCCGAAAACGAAGCUUAUUAUCGAAAAACUCAAUUGUAUUAGCUAAAUUAAUGUCAUGUCUCUAAGGAUUACGGGUAAAAUAUUGUUCAACGUAAGGGAUUAGUAAGGUAAAACAAAAUUACACUUGCUCUUGAUGCACAAUAUAUGUUUUCAGUUUUUAGCGCUGUUGAUGAACAGCCAUUUAAAAUGUUGUUAUAGUAUGACCAUUAUAAGUGAUCACACGAACGAAAAUGUGGUAUUGAAACGGCACAAUAAACUAUUGCAAAUUCUUAUAAUAAUACAGAAGAAAAAUAACACUGAUUAUGUACAUUAUAUUUUCAAAAUAGAUCAUGAACAAACUACUACAGAAUAUGUCAAUGACUGUUACACAAAAGCUAUGUUGACGCACAUACCUUAGUAUACUCAAAAUAUAACUUCAAACAAC